ACAGCAUCUUCCGCCAUGUGGGAGUGAUCGAGCUGUUUUGCCCACGUUGGGUUUAUCGCCAGAAAAGCCGACAACCGGAUCUGGGGAUGGGGAAGAUUGAGACGGAAGUUGUAUCAACGCCACAAAGAAGGAUGUCCGCAGACGACUUGGAGUCCAACCCCUUUUACAAGCUGUUGCAGACGACGUAUCGAUCGAAGUACGAAGAUGCUCAAGCAAAUUGCUGGCUGGUAUGCGUACCACACGCUUCGUCGCUAAAAGGAGUGAAAAUAAACUCAAAGUUUGUCGAUGCCCACAUCUUGAGGCCAUCACCACUUUUCAAAGGGCAGUACACAUUCUCUGGAAACAAUUUGCAAAAGAGUGUUGAAGUCGAUGGGGCGGAGAUCAAAGCAGUUUCAGGUUUUCCUCAUGAGUUCACGGUGAAGAUUCUCGGUGAAGAACUUUGCUACAACAGGAAGUUCAAGCAGUAUAGAGUUCUGACCAUAAGCAGGCCUUUUGAGGGUGCAUCAUCAAAUUCAGACAUGGUAGGUGUUUUGGAAACCAAUGGCUCCCUCACUCCUGCAGAUUUGGAGAAGUGUCUGUCCUACAAAGAAUCUCUGACCUACCUUCGGAGUUUGCCUGAGCAUGUGCCACUUCUCAAGGAGCUGGAUAGGAAGCUGGAGAGCUUCUGCGGCACCUACAUGAUUCUGCCUGCCUACUUGCAUGACACUGCACAGAAGCUUAAAGACAUAGUCCUCUGGGCUGUGAAUUCAUUCCAGAAGUCGCAGACGCCACCAAUACCAAGUUAUGGCGGUGCCUUUCAGAGGAUAUCACUAGCUGCAGAAAGCUACGUCAUGGGAGCAGUUCAUCAGAAAGUUUUCGGUGCUGUGAAGCAGUUCUGUCGGCAGGAGGACGCUGUGCUUGUUGAGAAGCUCAGGCAUCUGCACUCGGCUGGCCUGAGCCCCGACCAACUCGGUGUUCGAGAAUCCUUCUGCUGCCCGCUGCCUCGCUCAGUGGUGGAACUUGCAUCACUGGACUCAAAGAUGACGCCUUUAGAGAAGCUUUGGUGUUUAAAGACCACUCUGAAAAUGCUAUCAGAGGAAAUUUAUGAUUCUACUGCAUACAGCUGUGCCCGUCUGAAGAACCCUAAUGAACAACUGCACCUGACAUCUGAUGAUCUGAUUCCAAUCCUGGCCUGUUUGAUUGUCAGAUGCAAACUGUCCUAUCUGGAAAGCAACCUCUACUACAUUCAAAACUUCAGCUGGAACCUCCCAGAGAAAGACAUGCUCGGGUACACCCUGGUUACCUUCCAAGCUGCUAAGGAGUUUCUAAGGUUGCAGGACACUUCACAUCUGCAGCCGUCACACACAGGCAUGAGGCGAGAGAUAACGCCGACAGAACUGAUGCAAGUUACUGCCAGGCUUCAAAUAUCUGAGAAGAAAACGAAAAAUGAUGGCAGUAGUAGCAGUGGAGAUGAAGUCACAAGGACUGCAGUGGCGGCACCAAAAAGUCGUCCCAUCGACAGGCAGCUAGAGCAAGCGGCCAAACUUAUAGAGGCCUCCACUUCGGAGUUCCAUCAGAGGGAAACUGAAGAGCUCCAAGAACUGUUCAAGAACGGCGAUGAAAAUAGCAAGGCCAGCAUUGGGGACUUUCUUUCAGGACUUCAGGACUCGCUUGGCGUCACCUAUGGAAAGCUCUAAGAUAUAUUUCAGGUCACCACUGGCCAAACUCUGCGUUAUACAUUGUAUCUUACAAACUUUUUGGGUCGCAAUGCGUUCGCGGCAUGUUUCUGUAUAUUGCGCUGCAACAUUUACCUGCGAUGUGCAAACAACCCUUCAGUUAGAUGUACAAAGAAUUUUUUUUUUGUUUUACACUGAACAAUUCUACAGCUUGUGUUUUUAUAGAGUAAAUGUAUUGCCGAGACUACUGCGCCAUGCUCAACAAUGGCUGCAGCAUAACGAAUUUUCACAACGUACACGCAAACCACACUGGUUAUGUGUGAUGACAAAUGUCAGAAACCAGAGGCCACUGUUUCAUCCCGCUGCGAGUGUGCAUUGCAUGAAAUAGGUAUAUGUCUGCAGUGCAUUGUGAUAAAAAUUUUGCCUGGAGUGGUGUGAAAUCGUGUUGUUGACCUGCCGUCCCAACCUGUGAUUUGCGGACUACGUUGACUUUGUCAUUUCAUAAAUUUACAAAGUAUACUGUUGGAAAAAAUGUUCUGCUUUCAGUUUUUUUUUUCUCUUUCUUUUGCACCAAGAACGCACACCCCUUCGAAACAAGUUGAACUGUUGAUAUGUUACACCUUAUCAGUCGCAACGUCACGUGCGGGCUGUGACAAAAUCUCAACAGUGUUCAACAGGCUGGCAAAUCAAACAAGUUUUCAUUCUAAUAAGAUAAACUGUUUGUUGGAUGCAUUUGGACACUGCGGUACUGGAAACUUGUUAGUAGCACUUGUGCAGAGGAAUGAGUCGGAUUGCUUGUUGCUUUGCACGCUACCAUAUAAUUAAAAUGGGGGUUUGUAUUUCAAUAGGAUGCUCGUUUAGAUGCCUUUGGACAUGGUGAUGUGGCGACCGAAAAGUCGUUAGUGACACUGACAGUGGGAAAAUGCAUGUGCAUCAAUGCCGAGAGGCUGACAUCGCAUGCGAUUUUACAAGACAGCAUGUAAUGGUACACGCAAAUAGAUAUGGUAUCCAUUUGCAUUUGACACUAUACUCAUCUUGUUUCCUGUUGCUACUACAUGAGCUAAAAUGACACUAGUUACAUUUCUAUGUUGCAACACUGCAACUGGACAGGUUGAAGUGAGAGACUAGUACUAUUUGCCGAGUGAAUUUGAGUGACUGGUGGAGUCAACAGUGUCUUGUUUGAAUGUAUAUUACAAUGACAUGUCUAUGUAUGCCUACUGUUUUAAUUGUGUGACGUUUACAGAUGCACUUUUAAAAAUUGUGUUACUCUUCAAGAAAGAAGCAAUAGUGUAUCUACAGAGCACAGAGCUGUGAUUUCGAGAGCUUGUUUAAGGUUUGCUAGUGUGAGAGGUUAAGUGACUUGCACACAAUAUGUUCAGACUCAAAUUUUAUUGUAUUUAUACUUAUGAAUGGACUUAUGUCUGUGAAAGCUUCUUGGAUGCCAGUUAAAAAUAUGACCAUGUAAUAAGAUAAAAUUCAUCAUUGUAACGAUAACAUUAUCACGCAUAGAUUAAGUACAUACGGUUCUCAUGAAGCUGAUACUAGCCUUCCAGAUGACUAGUUCCGUUAUUAAAUUUGGUAUUUGAAGGAUUUUUCUUCCUGUCCUACACCUGCUAGUUAUGUGACUUAUUCAACUAGCAUCAUGAAAGUACUAUAUCUUGAAUGUGAAAAAAAACUGGACAGUGAAUUUGAUUGUCAUGUGAUGUGCACACUCGAACAUUAACUGUGUUAUUGAAUGGUUAUUCUUGACGUGGCAGCUGCAACAGUGAACUGCUUUAUAUAUAUAAAAAAAGAAAAACGGCAUUGCGGGACAUGUUUUGAUUUCCAAUGUAACUUUUUGAAGGCCUUCACUAAACAGAUUGCACCAUUGAUACUUCGUUCAUAAUGAGUACUUGACCUCACCUUGUGCUUGAACACAUUGGUGUUUUGUGGCUUGUUUCAGUCCAGUGUUUAGCAAACUGUUGUCGGAAAACUUCUAGGAACCCUCAAGAGAGAACAAGCAGAUGCGAAGGUACUGGUCUAGAGGUGCAGCGUUGACACUAGCAUCACUUUCUUCUAAAGAGCAAACAAAGUGAUCUAUUGAGGCAUUCAGAAGGAGCCAUCCGGUAUAGUUGCACUCUGAACAGUAAUGAAGACUGAGUUGAAAUUAUCAUGCAUCUCAGAAACCAAACUCAAGUUUUUCUGACAUCUGCUGCCUCACUUCCAGAUUGCAGUUCUGCCUUUCACUUUGAUUGUGCGCUUCAUGCUAAAUGUAAACACAAAAGAAACAAUCCCAGCAGCUUCAUGCAUAACACUGUUAUUGUGUUAGUAACUCGAUGCGUGUCUUUUUGCUUGUGCUGACAUGUAAAAACAAAAGAAAAAGAGGGAAAGAACUUGCCUAGGGGGUUGUGUAUGGUUUGACAUGUGAUGGCAUUGUGAAAGACAAGACUGAAUACCCCUGGUUUAAUUAACAUGUGCCAGACAUAGAAAUGUUGAUAAAUAAUUCACACAUAUCAUGUAGACAGUGGCUGCAGUCAUAUAGCGUUCACAACUUUUCUGAAAUGUACUGUUCAGUGUAGAAAAUAAAACAAAUGAUAGUUAUUGA